CAAGAAUUCCGCAAGCAGUACUGACUUACUGACCAACCGGCCGAAGUCCGCGCAGGGAGGUGGUGCGGCAACAACAGCUGCAGGCCUGUCUCCUCGCGCCCCCUGGCGUCCGAGCACGAACACUAAGAACGCAGCGAAUAAUAAUUCUGGCGUAAGCAAAAGCGAGAACACGAAAAUGAAAUUGCGCGUUUCGCGGAGGGACCCGCGGACCCUGCACGUCGAGGAGGUGUUGCGGUCGCGGCCAACGGAAUGGGUGACUGGACCACGUGGGCCCCGGGAAUCCGCUAGGGUGAUCCAGGAACGGAUUCUGAAAGAAUUGAAAAGGGAGCAGAAACGGCACCGCGGGAAGAAGAGCCAUUUGUUCGGGCCAGGGCUGGAUCAGGUUUUGGCGUUACUCACCCCGAACCGGAGCUCCGCAAAUUUAGGGACGGCGAGCAGUACUACUGGUGGACAGGAGAAGAGCCCGGCGGUGUCGUCCUCCCCUGGAGGUGGAGCUGCAACAGUCGAGCAUAUUACAGGAUCCUCGAGCAGGCUGAGCGCACCGGGGUACCACCGAACGAACGCGUCAAAUAGUGCGGCGACGUUAAAAUUCUCGCCGAAGACGUUGCAGGUGCAGACCUCGAUGAGUAGUUUCUUGAAACGAAAAGAGGAAACAGCGUCUAGUACUGCCGGUGCAGGAGCUGCGCCAUCACUCGUGAAGGCAACAGGAGUUGGUCUGGUUGCGGCCCCUUCAAGUAGCGAGACCGCGGCGAACACAAGUCGUGUGGGAGUUAUUUCUGGUGCACCAGGCGCUGCGUCUUCACUGAGUACAACUACAAGCGUAGUAGUUGCAACUGAGCCGCCUGCAGCUACCUCCCCUUCGCAAGCUGCAAAUAAGGCAGAGCUGCUGCAGUUACUUUCCAGCAAGGACAACAGCUCCAAAGAUCGGUCCGCCAACGGCUCGAAAGCCUCCUCGAGUGGUGUGAGUCACAGUUACCAAGCAAAGAACUCGCCCGCUGGUUCGCCGACCAGCGCGGCGAACAGCAUGCGCCGGAGUCCGCGCGUCAGUGCCAUCAGCACGCAAAACAGCUUCAAGUCGGACGAGCAGCCACCAGUGUUGACGCCGAAGAUGUUCGAAUACGCGAACUUGGAGCUCGGAUUGGACACGACGACCGGGAUGACAUUUAUCAACACAAAAGCCCUUUCCUCUGUAGCUGGGACGACUUCAUCUGCGUCAGGAGCUACAACUACUCUUCCCGCGGUCCAAACGCCGAAAGGCGGGAGCCAGCGACACUCUUUCAAUUCGUCUUGUUCAAAACGGGACAUGAUUGCGCCGACGGUGGUCGCGCCUCCUUUGCUGUUAGAAACGAAAUCUGUCGCGGUGGUGAAGCCCGUAGCGGUGCCUUCAUCUUCGCAGAGAAUCAGUGCGAAGGGAGACGGGGCUGGUGCUGUCGUGGGGAAGAAAACGAUGAACCUUGUCCCUGAAAAUAAUAGUACAACGUCGAGCCCUUGUAAUAAUAUCACCAGCAGCGCAUCCGCGGUCGAGAUUCGUUCCGUGAAUAGCUCCGUCGCGGAAAACAAACUGCUGGGCGUCGAAAGGAACAAACUGGAAAGUAAUCAAACUAGAGACCACUUGAAGAGCAGCGCGAGUGCGACGCUGGCCGAGACCGGCCCGGCGAGCACUAGUCCAGGCGAGCAAGGUUGUAAGCGGUCCGGCGCGGAGCGCAGCCGGCGAGGAAGCGCGAUUAUUGGUAGCUCCCAGCCGCUGUCAACGGGUCCUCGUCGUGGCAGUGUUAAUCUUAAUACCGGGAACAAUAAUAAAGCCAGUUCGGCACAACUAUCAAACCUCGCCCCGGUGGAAAAGGACGAUUCCAUCUUCAUCUACCACAGCCCGUCCGGCGAAAAGUCGGAAGAAAUGCGACUUCUGGAGCAAAUCCCCUCGCGGCGGCCGUCGAGAAUCUUGCCCGAGUUCGAACUAGAAGCAUUGACGGAAAGACGGGAAGAAGCAGAGAACAAGGGAUCAUCUCCCGCUCCUCACAAAGAAGUACUAGGGAACAAUUCUGUGGAGGGAACAUCAAAAGCAUCAGCUUCGAAUGCAGGAGCUCCCGCCGUGCAACAAGCCACAGGUUGUUCACAGAAGUUGCCAUCCCCUGCUGCACCGAAGCCGGUAAGAAUCAAUCCCUUCGAGGCGAAGUUUCAGAAAUUUGAAGCCGACGCGGAGCGGAUUCGGCGUAAGUUGAGCGCUCUGCAGGAUAACGACAAGCAAGAGGAGCCUGAGGAGGAGGAGGACGACGCUUCGGAGGAGCAGUGAUGGCGGGGGAAAAGUGUUUGCAUUUUUGUACGAAAAAGUCUUGUUUCUGCAAAAGGGAGAAUGACUGUUGUGGGUGUGAAGGUGGUAUCUUCUGUGGUAAGUUCUUGUCAUGAUCGCUGUAAAAGCGACGGAAAGAACUGUGGCCACAUUUUUCGCAUUGUACUGAAGAUCGUGCGUCUUACAUGAAUUGAAAACAGAUUUUACAAUAGGUGGAUAUCAUAGGCUCGAGAAUAGUAAAAUCGAAAAUCGUCGCUCUGUGUGG